AUGACAACCAGUAGCCGCACAUGUCCAGUACCGGCCGUGAAUGGACAUAUGACUCACUAUCCAGCAGCACCAUAUCCCUUACUUUUUCCUCCAGUCAUUGGUGGACUGUCACUACCUUCCCUUCAUGGACUCCAGAGUCACCCACCAACUAGUGGAUGCAGCACCCCCUCACCUGCAAGCAUUGUCAGAGAGCUUUCGGUUCAUCAAAGGACUUUUUGUGGAGAGGGGACACCACAUCCAUUAAAGUGGCUGCACAGGUCCCAGGCAGUUGAAACUCAGAGCACCAGUUCUGAGGAACUUGUUCCGAGCCCUCCUUCACCACUUCCACCCCCUCGUGUUUACAAGCCCUGUUUUGUUUGUCAAGACAAGUCAUCUGGAUAUCACUAUGGUGUCAGUGCUUGUGAGGGAUGUAAGGGCUUUUUCCGCAGGAGUAUCCAGAAGAACAUGGUUUACACAUGUCACAGAGAUAAAAACUGUGUUAUCAAUAAAGUUACCAGAAAUCGCUGCCAGUACUGCAGACUACAAAAGUGCUUUGAAGUGGGAAUGUCCAAAGAAUCUGUCAGAAAUGAUAGGAACAAAAAGAAGAAGGAACCUUCAAAGCAGGAGUCCACAGAAAACUAUGAAAUGACAGCAGAAUUAGAUGAUCUCACUGAGAAGAUCCGAAAAGCUCACCAGGAAACCUUCCCCUCACUCUGCCAGCUGGGAAAAUACACUACGAACUCCAGUGCAGAUCAUCGGGUUCGACUGGAUCUUGGGCUUUGGGACAAAUUCAGUGAACUUGCAACAAAGUGCAUUAUUAAAAUAGUAGAAUUUGCAAAGCGAUUGCCAGGCUUUACAAGUUUGACCAUUGCAGACCAAAUAACUUUACUCAAAGCAGCCUGCCUGGAUAUACUGAUCCUUAGAAUUUGCACAAGAUACACACCAGAACAAGACACCAUGACCUUUUCAGAUGGCCUUACCCUAAACCGAACUCAGAUGCACAACGCCGGAUUUGGCCCGCUGACUGAUCUCGUGUUCACAUUUGCCAACCAGCUCCUGCCUUUGGAAAUGGAUGAUACAGAAACAGGUCUCCUUAGUGCCAUCUGCCUAAUCUGUGGAGAUCGCCAGGACCUUGAGGAACCAAUGAAAGUGGAUAAGCUUCAGGAACCCUUGCUUGAAGCACUGAAAAUUUAUAUCCGAAAGAGACGACCCAACAAGCCUCAUAUGUUCCCAAAGAUCUUAAUGAAAAUCACGGAUCUUCGUAGCAUCAGUGCAAAAGGUGCAGAACGUGUCAUUACAUUGAAAAUGGAAAUUCCUGGAUCCAUGCCACCUCUUAUUCAGGAAAUGUUGGAGAACUCUGAAGGACAUGAACCACUGACACCAACCUCAAAUGGAAAUACUGCAGAACACAGUCCCAGUAUCUCACCUAGUUCAGUGGAUAACAGCAGUGUCAGUCAAUCCCCUAUGGUGGAAUAA